GUUGUGGUCUUUGUGUUGGUGGUGCUAGAGUAAAAAAGAAAAAUUACCAAUAAUAAGUAUAAUUAAAGAUUUGUAUUACAUAAUUCAAUUCUAAUUAUAGGUUAUAAUAUAGAAAACGUCGUUUAUUACGUUAUUAAAAUCUGAAUAAUAUUAUGUUGCAGAUGACCUAUCUAUCAGGUGAACAAAUUAACUGUUAACAAUAACUAUCUUGGAAAUUAUUACCUUUUUCGAAAAUUUUUUCUGAGAAAUUUAAGAAAAAAGCUGCUCUAGAAUUUUACAUUUAUGUUAUUUUUUAUCACUCUUAUUUUUGGAAAAAAAAUUNAUUAUAUGAUAUAAUAUAGAAAACGUCGUUUAUUACGUUAUUAAAAUCUGAAUAAUAUUAUGGUUGCAGAUGACCUAUCUAUCAGGUGAAAAAAAUUAACUGUUAACAAUAACUAUCUUGGAAAUUAUUACCUUUUUCGGAAAUUUUUUCUGAGAAAUUUAAGAAAUAAGCUGCUCUAGAAUUUUACAUUUAUGUUAUUUUUUAUCACUCUUAUUUUUGGAAAAAAAAUUACUAUCUACUUUUGAUUUUUUCUCGGCAACCUAUAUUAAAAAUUCUAUAAUUAGACGGAGUAUUGAUUAAUAUACAUUUUUGUAUUGAAAUGUUUGAUUUAUAUCAAUCCGUUGACGAGAUAUUCUACCUAUAAGUUUGAGUAGGUGGAGAGUAGUGGUUCAUUACUAAUGCGCUGCGCACCGUACUGUCACACAAAUGUUGCUCCUCUAUUUUCCUCCAACCCAAAAUUUUAAAAUGAAAUAUCACGUUAACGGAUGAACAAAAAUCAAAAAUUUCAAUACGAAAAUUAAUUUUUUUAAUUUAUCUAAUUAUCGAAUUUUUAAUGUUACCCAUAUCGGAAAAUCAAAAGUAGUUAGUAAAUAUACUACGAAAAUAAGGAUAGCUAAAUAUAACAUAUAUAUUGAAGAGCAGCUUGUUUCUUAAAUGUUCUAUAAAACAAAUUCUGAAAAAGUUAAUACAUUCCAAUAAAACCGAGGACAUCACAUGAUGUGACCCGAAGGACACAGCGCCAGGAGAUCCCCGAUCAACGAUGUGGAGAGGCGAAUCCGUAGUUUCGUUCUCUUGCAGGUACAUCCUCGGUUAGGAGAUACUGGCACUCGCACGCCCUUGAGAAUUUGUGAUUCUUAGCUUUACAUCGCAUAUAAAUUUACGGCACUACUAAUAUCUAGAACCGCGGAUGGGUCUGUGCCAUCUGGUCGGGCUGGGUAAUGAAGGUCUCCUCACCCGUUCAAGAAACCACCGGUAACAGCCCAAGAAAUGAAUCGCAUUCCGUCCCUUCAACUGUAGUUUCUCUAGAUUGUAGCGAGAACAGUUAUAACACUCAAAGCCGAAAAUGCCGAGUCCACGACAUAGCUGUUUUAUACAGACUUAUGAAUGACCAGAAUUAUUGUUACAUAAAUAAUUCAUUAUUUAAUAUUCAUAACUUUGAACAAUUUUUAAACACAUAAUAUAGUUUAGAAAUACAAUAGUUUAUAUCAUUGUCAAUUGUCUUACGAUAAGUUGUAACUUAUUAUGAUAAUAAUAUAAUUUCGUAUAGUUUAUCGAUACAUGUUUAAACUCAAUAUGGAUAUUGCCAUCUUAUAACAUAAACUUAGGAUGAAACUAAAUAUAAAAAACAGAAACAGGCUUAACGCGUGAAUCUAAAUUAGGACAAUAUCCGAGAAAUAUUUCUUUUGUAUGUUUAGAUUUGAUUACAAUUUUUCAUCUGACCAGAAAUUAUUGAAAGCGUAAUACGGUGUAGAAUAGGCCACUAACUUUUUAUAUGGGCUUUCCGAUAGCGACUAUAAUACUAUAUGAAAUAUCUAAAAUUAUAUUACUUGUCUUAUUAUUUCGGUUCUCUUUAUUCUGUCGUUAGAAUAAAAACGAAUAAAAGAAUAUUAAUAAUAGGUAACAUACGAGGUCUGUAAAUAAAGUAAUGAGACUCAUAUCGUAGCUUGUUAUAUGAUAACACUAAUUACUUUCCGUUUGAAGAGGUUUGUAGAUAAACAUUUAAUGUACCUUCAGUACGAAUUUAAACUCCGUAGUGCCACGUGUUGGUCUGUGACAAUUAUUUUCGUAAACCGAUUUUUUUUUAGUACGUUCUGAAAAUGAGUGACAACAAUUUUAAGCAACGGUGUGCUAUCCGAUUUUGUUUCAAACUUGGACACAGUGCGACAGAAACUUUUCAAAAGCUCCAACAAGUAUAUGGAGAAAGUUUAUUUUCAAGGGCUCAGGUUUUUAGGUGGUUUAAGGCAUUUUCUGAAGGCAGAGAGGCUAUUGAAGAUGAACAUAGCAGUGGAAGACCUUCAACUGCAAAAACUGAUGAAAACGUCAUCAGAGUUCGAGAUCUUGUCCGAUCCGAUCGUCGGUUGACCGUCAGAAUGAUCGGAGAACAGUUAGGAUUGACUCACACCACCGUUUUAAUCUACAUUUGUAGAUAAGUAUAUUAUUUUUAUUAAAAUUAUUAAAAUUAUUCAAACUCUUUUAAUUAAAUUUGUAUUAAACAAACUAACGUGAAUGUGCUUGUAGUUGAUAGCUCCAGACUAGUGUCAAAAAGGGUCAUAGAUGGCAUGUAUUUAUACCCUGGACCCCUGGACUGAAUUUGCUUAUCACGCGCUUUUCAGGAAUAAAAUAUUGUUGCGUAGCCGGUGAAAACCUCACGCAUCCGGCUCUUUGGAAACGUGCACGCAUAAGUGUUUUUAAUCACCGUCAAUCAUAUUGGUCUAUACAUUAUAAUAUAUUCAUUCUAUAGCCGUUCGCAUUGAAGCAAGAUUCGGUCUCGGCUUAGGCAGAUUUGACAACCAGUUUCCGAACGGUAAAUGUAGAUUUGGAACGUAAAGCGAUUACCGUUUGGCUGAAUUGACCUGAGGUACAAUUCGCCCAAUAUCACGCUAUUAACAACAUGUCUGGACCAUCUAUAAUAUUAUAAGUUUUCAAAAGAAAAAGACAGCGCCCGUAACAUACGGUGGUCAACGGACCGCCUGCAAUGAUGCGUAGUGGAAACAGUUCCAACGUCAAAAAGUGUCAAAACCAUAGACGUGUGCAGACCUUGCUGGCAGGAAGGGGACACAGUAUAUUUAUGAGUACGGUGAGUUUGAUAUUAAUAAGAUAAUAUAAUUCAAUACAGUGCACUUAUAUAUGUUUAAUGUCAAUACGGAUAAUAUAGUAUAAAAAUAUAAACUUAGGGCAAUAAAAGCAGAACAUUGAAAUAAACUUAAUGCGUGAAGUUUAGUGUCAAAAAUAUUUUAAAAAAUAUUAUUUUUAUUUGGUCAAAUGUGGAUACAAUUUUUUAGCAGAUCAGAAACAUUUAAAAAUGUAUAAAAAAUUGUAUUAAAAUAAUUAAAAUUACUGUUUACUAAUUAAACGUUAAUUUGGCACGAAAUCUAAAAUAAUCCGACUCUAACAGUUAAGUAGUAUCGAAAAACAACAUUAUGGUCCGUAUUCGCGCGGAAUUUCCGUAGCGACGAGGUAACGUAAGGUUUCCGGCAGCGAUUCUAACAAGAAAAGAGUAUUAUGUAAGGAUGAGGACAUUGGCAAAACAAUUUUCAGGGUUUGAUCGGCUACGCAACAAUGGGCGGUCGUAUUUACAGGUAGCUAAAUACGUACAGGGUAAGGACAAAAAAACGGUUCAGUUAUAAUACAACGACGGACGUACGACCACACGACGGCGCUGAUGGACACUUUUUCGAUCGUUGCAGUGUGAUAACAGAAGACACAGUAACUGAAGACCAGGUGAUAAACCCGAUAACAGCAACUAAUUAGCCACUUGGGUUGUACCGUUGUAUCGGUGAAGAGUGCAGUAAGGUCAACAUUGGGCCUGUGAUCAGUGGUGGGAACCGUUUGUUUUCGACCACACGUUCGGUACCCAACAUAUAUCAACAAAUCGGUUUAUCAUUAACAUCUACAUUCGACUACAAUUAUUUACAAUACAAUGUUUUCUAAAAAAUAUGUCCGAAAAUAUUAAAA